CUGUCAGCAGCACCGACCACGUGACUGCGCUGCAACUCCUUGGCAUCGUGGCAGUUAGUGACGAUGGAGACCCCCGAGAAAUAGAAGAGUACCGCCACUUUAUUAACAGUUAGAUGCCAGAAAGUGUGAUGACAAAGGUUGUGCGACCCUAACAGCAGCCGCAUUCCAUGUAACCCCGCCUUCCUCACCCCACAGCCCGGCCACGUCACGACAACUGCAUGCUGCCAUGGCCACGAGCAAAGCCAGGGUUCUCUUGGUAUCCCUAAACCGCGGGCAGUUCUUCGACGAGGUGUACGAGCCUAUAUGCGGGGCACUUAUGUCCAAAGCCACCCUGGAACGCGUCGAGGAAGCAAACACUGCCAUCCGCAAGCUGUCAGAUGACCCACCUCCGUCGGCCGUCUUGAUCGCAGACGCCGCUCUCACCCUCAGACAAUACACGGACGUGUGGGAUGCGACUCUGCGUUAUAUUCACUAUGGGGGAACGGCAGUGGUCAUGGGCAACUUCCCUUCCUUUGUUCGACCGGACAUCAUGAAGUCCUUUUUUGCCAGGGCUGGGCUGAGCUGGGAAGCUGGCUCGUACCACAGAACGACUCUCAUUCUGAACCGAGAUGCUGCUGGUUUCAAUUCGGCUACGGCACUAUCGCCGCGGUUUAGCCAGAAGGCCCUUUUUGUGAGAAACGUUGCGAACUCAGAGGCGUGGUAUAAGACGGACGAAUGCUCAAUUGUUGAGUCCCUGGUUUUUGCUCCUACAAGUACAAACACUGUUGGAGAGACAGCAGUUGCGCUUGCACGGGUUGGGGAUGGGAAUCUUGGCUAUGUGGGCGACGUGAAUAUCGAGGAGGGUUCCGUAGCCGUUAUCUUGGCCAUGUGUGGGUUGGGCAACGUGAAGGCAGGAGAAAUAUAGCCGUGGGCAGAGCAAAAGCGUUCGACGCGUAUCUCAGAAAUAAUUGCGCAUCGACCUGACAUGCGAGGCGUAGAAAUAUACUGGCACUUCCACCCAUGCUUGUACAUUGCAAUCUAGCAGCGUAGUCAUGACAGGC